AUGAAAACUUUUUAUAAAAUUUUCGCCUUCACCGUAUUAGCGCUCGAAUACUACUUGCCGUUGUCAGGUCUUGCUGCCAAUCCGACAUACAAUGUGAAGUCAUUCGGGGCCAAAUCCGAUGGGAAUUCAGAUUCAAGUAAUUCAUUUCUACAAGCAUGGGAUGUUGCUUGUGCUUCCACAGCCCCGGCCACCGUAUAUGUUCCCCGGGGAAGAUAUUUUUUACGUGGAAUAAAUUUUUCAGGAAAGUCAUGCAAAAAUCAUGCGAUAAAUAUUCGCAUUGACGGGACUCUAUUAGCUCCCGCAAACUACAAUGUGGUUGGGAAACUUGGUACGUGGUUGCGAUUUGAUGGGGUCACCGGAGUUUCUAUCUCCGGCGGAACCCUAGAUGGCAAGGGAAAUGCAUUGUGGGCUUGCAAGAAUUUGGGCCGGACUUGCCCUAAUGGAGCCACGUCGUUGGCGUUUUAUAACUCAAAAGAUAUAGUGAUCAACGGAUUGAUCUCGAUGAAUAGCCAAAUGUUCCAUAUUGUCAUUUACGGAAGCCAAAAUGCGAAGCUUGCGAAUGUGAAGAUCUUAGCUCCUAGGAGUAGCCCAAACACCGACGGAAUUCAUGUGGAGCAUUCAUCGGGAGUUACAAUUACCAACGCUCACAUUGGCACCGGGGACGAUUGCAUUUCCAUCGGUCCUGGUACCUCCAACUUGUGGAUCGAGAAAAUAGCGUGCGGCCCGGGCCACGGUGUAAGCAUCGGAAGUUUAGGGUGGACGCAAAAUGAGGCCGGAGUUAAAAAUGUGACCGUUAAAGCUGUCACAUUCACGGGGACUACAAACGGUUUAAGGAUCAAGACAUGGGCGAGGCCGAGCAAUGGAUUCGUCAAGGACAUUGUGUACCAACAUGUGACCAUGGCCAAUGUCGAAAACCCUAUUAUCAUCGACCAGAAUUAUUGCCCAAACCACCAAAAUUGUCCGAAUGAGGCAUCCGGUGUGCAAGUCCACGGGGUACAUUACGAGGACAUACAUGGGACAUCGGCGACUCAAGUCGCCGUGAAAUUCGAUUGCAGCAAAGCGAAGCCUUGUAGCGGGAUAAUGAUGGAGGAAGUGAACCUUUCUUACGACAAUAAGCAGCGGGCGGCGUCUACGGCUUCGGCUUCUUGCGCCAACGCCGGAGGAACGUCGGCCGGAGUUGUCAAGCCUACGAGCUGCUUCUAG